CGGGCGGGCGGGGAGGCGGAGGCGGCGAGAGCUGCGGCCCGGAGGAACUCGGAGGGGGAGGGAGAGAAAGGCCGAGACGGAGGGAGCCAGCGGCGGCCGAGGGGCUGGUCCAGGCGCGGCCGCUAAGAGGAGACCAAGAGGCGGGGGCUGCACUUGACAACCAGCAUGCCGAGAUGGCACACCUUGGGCCUACUCCACCUCCACAUAGCCUUAAUUACAAAUCAGACGACAGGCUUAGUGAGCAAGAUUGGCCAGCAUAUUUCAAGGUCCCAUGUUGUGGGGUUGAUACAUCUCAAAUUGAGAUGUUCUCAUAAAACAUUGAAUAUAGGUUUGAUAAAAAGAAGCCACUGUUACUGUGGACUUGAGAGAAGAUUAAUAAAGUCACUUUUUCUUUUUUUAAACCAAAACAAGUCAGAAGAGGCAGAAGUGGAUGUGAGAGAAAGAGAGACACAGAGAGACAGAGAGCCAAGGAGGGCAAGAGACUUGACUUUAAGAGACUCCUGUACUGACAACUCCAUGCAGUUCGGAACCAGAACGACUACGGCUGAACCAGGGUUCAUGGGGACAUGGCAAAACGCUGAUACUAACCUCUUAUUCAGAAUGUCCCAACAGGCCAUCCGUUGCACACUGGUAAACUGCACAUGUGAAUGUUUUCAGCCAGGGAAGAUUAACCUGAGGACUUGUGAUCAGUGUAAACAUGGCUGGGUGGCACAUGCCUUGGAUAAGCUCAGCACGCAGCACCUGUACCACCCCACCCAAGUGGAGAUUGUGCAGUCCAACGUCGUGUUUGACAUCAGCAGCCUGAUGCUCUAUGGAACACAAGCGGUGCCUGUGCGGCUAAAGAUCCUGCUGGACCGUCUCUUCAGUGUCCUGAAGCAAGAGGAGGUGCUGCACAUACUGCACGGCCUUGGCUGGACUCUGCGGGACUAUGUCCGAGGAUACAUCCUUCAGGAUGCUGCUGGCAAGGUGCUGGACCGCUGGGCCAUCAUGUCUCGAGAAGAGGAAAUCAUCACCCUUCAGCAGUUUCUGCGGUUUGGAGAAACCAAAUCCAUUGUGGAGCUGAUGGCAAUUCAGGAGAAAGAAGGACAGGCCGUGGCUGUACCAUCUUCAAAGACAGACUCAGAUAUAAGGACUUUCAUUGAGAGCAAUAAUCGCACCAGGAGUCCCAGCCUCCUUGCUCACUUAGAGAACAGCAAUCCUUCCAGCAUUCAUCACUUCGAAAACAUCCCAAACAGCCUUGCAUUUCUGCUUCCAUUCCAGUACAUAAACCCUGUCUCAGCACCACUGCUAGGGUUGCCUCCAAAUGGGCUACUGUUAGAGCAACCAGGGUUGAGGCUGCGGGAACCCAGCCUUUCAACUCAGAAUGAAUAUAAUGAGAGCAGUGAAUCUGAAGUUUCUCCCACACCUUAUAAGAAUGAUCAAACACCCAAUAGAAAUGCCCUGACCAGCAUUACUAAUGUGGAGCCCAAAACCGAGCCAGCCUGUGUCUCUCCCAUUCAGAAUUCUGCCCCAGUCAGUGAUUUAACUAAAACUGAACACCCAAAAAGCUCAUUCCGGAUUCAUCGGAUGAGAAGGAUGGGGUCAGCCUCUAGGAAGGGAAGAGUGUUCUGUAAUGCAUGUGGGAAGACGUUCUAUGACAAAGGUACUCUCAAAAUUCAUUACAAUGCUGUUCACCUGAAGAUCAAACAUCGAUGCACCAUUGAAGGUUGCAACAUGGUCUUUAGCUCCCUCCGAAGUCGUAAUCGCCACAGUGCAAACCCCAAUCCUCGCCUUCACAUGCCUAUGCUAAGGAAUAACCGAGAUAAAGAUUUAAUUCGGGCCACCUCAGGAGCUGCCACCCCUGUCAUAGCAAGUACAAAAUCAAAUCUGGCACUCACAAGCCCUGGCCGGCCCCCAAUGGGUUUUACCACUCCCCCUCUAGACCCUGUCUUGCAAAAUCCUCUCCCUAGCCAGCUGGUGUUUUCUGGGCUAAAGACUGUACAACCAGUUCCUCCAUUUUAUAGAAGUUUACUCACUCCAGGGGAAAUGGUGAGUCCUCCAACCUCCCUCCCAACCAGUCCCAUCAUUCCAACCAGUGGUACCAUAGAGCAGCACCCCCCGCCACCCUCUGAGCCAGUAGUGCCAGCAGUGAUGAUGGCCACCCAUGAGCCCAGUGCUGACCUGGCACCCAAGAAAAAGCCCAGGAAGUCAAGCAUGCCUGUGAAGAUUGAGAAGGAAAUUAUUGAUACCGCCGAUGAGUUUGAUGAUGAAGAUGAUGACCCCAAUGAUGGUGGAGCUGUGGUCAAUGACAUGAGCCAUGACAAUCAUUGUCACUCCCAAGAGGAGAUGAGCCCAGGCAUGUCUGUGAAGGACUUUUCUAAGCAUAACAGGACCCGGUGCAUUUCAAGGACUGAAAUAAGGAGGGCCGACAGCAUGACUUCUGAAGACCAAGAGCCUGAGCGGGACUAUGAGAACGAGUCUGAGUCUUCGGAGCCCAAACUGGGCGAGGAAUCCAUGGAAGGGGAUGAGCACAUUCACAGCGAAGUGAGUGAAAAAGUCCUGAUGAAUAGUGAGAGGCCUGAUGAGAACCACAGUGAGCCCUCUCACCAGGACGUCAUCAAGGUGAAGGAAGAAUUUACAGACCCCACUUACGACAUGUUUUACAUGAGCCAGUAUGGACUAUACAACGGUGGGGGUGCCAGCAUGGCCGCCUUGCAUGAGAGCUUUACAUCGUCUCUGAAUUAUGGCAGCCCUCAAAAGUUCUCCCCAGAAGGUGACCUGUGUUCUAGCCCAGACCCCAAAAUAUGUUAUGUGUGCAAGAAGAGUUUCAAAAGCUCCUACAGUGUGAAACUUCACUACAGGAAUGUUCACUUGAAAGAGAUGCACGUCUGCACAGUGGCUGGUUGCAAUGCUGCAUUCCCCUCUCGCCGAAGCAGAGACAGAAACAGAAAUUUACGGAUGGAAAGAACCAUAGGUCCAGGACAUCGAGACAGCCUGCAUCUCCGUAGACACAGUGCCAACAUAAACCUACAUCGUAAACUGUUGACCAAAGAACUCGAUGACAUGGGCCUGGACUCAUCGCAGCCCUCCCUUAGCAAGGACCUCCGCGAUGAAUUUUUGGUGAAGAUCUAUGGUGCCCAGCACCCCAUGGGGCUCGAUGUCAGGGAAGAUGCCUCCUCUCCCGCAGGGACUGAAGACUCCCACCUGAACGGGUAUGGGAGAGGCAUGGCAGAGGACUACAUGGUCCUUGACUUGAGCACCACCUCCAGCCUCCAGUCCAGCAGCAGCAUCCAUUCCUCCAGAGAAUCCGACGCAGGCAGUGACGAGGGGAUUCUUCUCGAUGACAUUGACGGGGCGAGUGACAGUGGGGAGUCGGCACACAAGGCCGAGGCCCCCGCCCUCCCUGGCAGCCUAGGGGCUGAAGUUUCAGGAUCUCUUAUGUUCAGCAGCUUGUCUGGGAGCAAUGGUGGGAUCAUGUGCAACAUUUGCCACAAAAUGUACAGCAACAAGGGGACCCUGAGAGUGCACUACAAAACCGUGCAUUUGCGAGAAAUGCACAAGUGCAAAGUCCCAGGUUGCAAUAUGAUGUUUUCCUCUGUACGAAGCCGAAAUCGGCACAGUCAGAACCCUAAUCUCCACAAAAACAUUCCCUUCACUUCAGUAGAUUAGUCUCAGAAUGGACACUACAAAUGCCAGCUCUCACCAGAUGGCCUACGUGUUUGAACUGCCAUAGUCAGUGUGCGCUUAUGUACUUGGGGUGUGUGUGUGUGUGUGCAUUAAUGUAUGCUCUGUGGCUACAUACACACACACGUAUUUCCUUGAGAUAAAUAAGAUAAACACUAGGUGCUUUUGAAUUUUUUUCACUUCCCUUUAUAAAAGUUUUGGGAAAGGAGUGGGAUCUUUGAUUUAAGGGUGAAAACAGAGUACCCCUUUAAACACACACACACACACACACACACACACAGAGUGUGCAACUAGCCCCAGUUUUGACAGAAUAAUUCUUGGUCUUCCCCAAAGAGACAAUUUGUUGUACCCAUGACUGUUGCCUGCAAAAAUAAAAGGGAAAAAAAAAAAAAAGAAAAAAGAAACAAAAAGGAACUUCUUAUAGUUGUCUUUUGUGAACUUUAAGGUUUUGAAAGAAUCUUCAAUUAAAGCAUGGCAGAUUCACCUGUAAAUAUUUAGCCUUGAGGGGCCAUUGAUGUAAAACAAUUGUAUUGAUGGUUGUUUAACUUUUUUGUUUAAUUUUUACAGUUACAUCCAGCUGUUAGAUAUGCAGGAAAAAAUAGUUUGCUGGCUAGCUCUAUUCAUUUAUGUUAGCAUUAAUGCACAUUUUUUUUUUUUAAAAAAACAUGGUCUUGUUUUUACUACCUGUUAGAUAUAGUGGUAAAGAGGUGCUGGCAUGCUUUACAGCACAGAUCUGAUUUUUUAAAAUGUCCUGUACUAGUACAUAAAUCCUGUCAUGCACUUUUUUUCAUACACUACAAGGGGAUGUGUAAUAACCAUGCUUCUUUUUUAUCCUUAAACUAUUGCCAUACUUCAGUAAGUGUCUUUUUUAAAAAAAAAUUCACUUGUAUAAAAAUGGUCUGGUCAGUAUAGGGCACAAAUGCCAAACAAAGUAUUAGUGUUAACACAAAACUGCCAACUUUGCACAAGUUUCCAGAAAAGAAAAUACAAUUAGUCACUCAACAUAACCACAGGCCAAUUUGUCGGCCACCAGAAAACCGCUUUUUAAAAAAAUACUUGGUGAUUCUUUCAAGUGCCGAAUGUUAUUAGAAUCAACAUUGCAUCCUUCUUGCUUAUACGUUAAGUUACAUAAAAGGAAAACAAAAUUAUGUGGUGUGAAACAGCCAAGGCAUUUAUUCUUCAGAGGCAGGAUAAUAUUUCAGGAUACAAAAGCCCAAAUUACUCGCUACGGAACAAAGAUGAAUACAGUAAAAGAGUUGAACACUCAUUUCCAAGGCCCUAACCCUUAUCCUUUCAAAAGAAAUCCUCUGAACUGGGUCGGUCUCUUGUAUGGCUGUCUAAUUUGUUGCAAAUUCUGCAGUCGUACUAUAAUUCAGGCCUGUUUGGUAGACAAAAUCAAAAGGCAUUUAACAGCAGCAGUACUUGGAAGCUUUGAAAACAUGUGCUAAACUUGAAUUGAGCAACACUCCUUUCUGAAAAGCCAGAAGAAGGGGAUUUUAAACUAGGAUCUCUCAAUGUUUAGUGUUUUGUGUUUCCCCACACGAUUUGUCAGAGAGUAAUGAAAGCAAGCCUGAAACCAAGCAAUUGAGAGUGAGAAAGAGGGGAGAGACUAUUCUCCAAACCUUUUUUGUUUUGUUUUGUUUCCGAUGUUUACACAUGUUGCCUGAGCUGGUUAACCACAUCGGCAGCCUCAGCUACCACAACAUACUGACUAAAUGAUGAUAUUUACUCAAGUUCAGUCUGCAGCCAAAACCAUUAGGGUGUGCAUUGCAGACUGGUUUGUUGUCUUUUUUUUUUUUUCUUUUUUUUUUUUUCCUUUUUUUUUUUUUAAGUGGAGAGGAAAGGAAGAGAUAAACAAGGAAUAUUUUGUCAAACAGUACACAAUAAUUUAAAGAGAAUGUAUUUCUUUUUUGCAUUUAAUGGCCUCAGACAUUUCUCUCAUCAGUCUAAAGUUAGAAAUACCCCUUUGUUUUAACUUUUAUGUCGUUUCCAUUUUUCAUGUUUUUGUAAUUAUUUUUUCUAUGUUCACAUCAGCAUUCACUUCCGUUAAAUUUGCCAAAGGAAACUGUUAAUAUGUUUCUGUUGUUAUUGUUAUUCCUGUAGGAUUUAUUGUACCUCACAGUAUUUAUUGUUUCCCAAAAUAAGCAUCAUUAGUUGGGGAUUCAGUAUUUUUAUUUGUGAAAAUUUCAUAAACAAUAGAUUCUUAAAGAUAGGCUAGCUAUGUCUAGGAGCUUUAUCUUUUCACCUCCUUUGGAGGAUGCUAUGGGGUUCAUUUUAAUUCUUCAUUUGUUCUACAGGGAGGAAAGACCAAAAGUAUUUGCCGUACAAAAGAAACUGUAUCCAAACACUAUGUUAAAUGACAAGUGUUUAUGGUAAAAAGUUGAGGAAAUUAGUAAUAACCGUUUUUGUUUUCUUGUACCUUUGAAUUCCCCAAAGUCUUAAUUGCUUUAUUUUGGUGUUGUGUUAAACUGAAUAGACAGAGAUUUUUCUUUUGUUUUAUACCAUAUAAGACUCUGUACAGUAUGUUUGUGAAAGAUUGAACUAGAAUAAUGAAAGUUUGUUUGCAAACAUUUUGGUCCUCUCAGCGUUCUCUGUAUUGUGCUGUUGCCCCAUUACCAAAUGAUUAGAUUCCAAAAGGGUGGGAAAAUAUUUUUAAUAUCCCAACAAAACAUAGAAACUCUGGCUUUUGCAGUGUGCUUAGAUUACAUGUAGUUUUAUGAAAAUAAAUACACACUUUUAUGUCAGCAACUUUGAAAAGUUACAUUCAGUUGAGUUAGUAGAACCUAUCUUGUACAACAGCAAUGUUUAGUCUGUUUAAUUUAAUGUCAAAUAAAAGGUCAGAUAGCCCUCGUGAGUGAAUUACAUAGCUAUCAGCAGGUCACAUCAGCAAAUGAACCAGGCUUAGAACAAAUGUUUGUUACUUGCUGCGAACCAAGCUAAUGUGUAUAGCCAGUUAGAAAAAGUCCAGAAGUAAUGAGAUUCUAGAAGUAGAGUUUCCCUUGCUUGGAAACAUGGAUGUGUUCACCUGUUUUUUGUCAGAGAAAUGGCAAUAAGUCCUGGACAGCUGACACUUUUUAAGUAUCUCCCCUAUUUGCUACUACUUUUGUGCCUCAAGUGCCCAGUCGUUACGGUGGCCUUCUAAAUGAGUAAAUAACAUUUUCCAAUAUAAAGCAUAUUUGCUUAAAAGGGAUGGGGGAGUGGACGGAUGUAGUACAUGCAAUGGAAAAUCAUAAAAUGUACAAUUCUUCUGUUCCCAAAGUAUUGCUUGUUCUUGAGUGUGUGCCUGAGUGUCGUGUUUUGACUUAACUAGAAUUCUAGUUAAGAUGGUGAUCCUACGGCUUAUUUGUAAACAGGAAGGAUAAAGAGAUGAGCAUUUUAGUCAUUGAGCUCUUCAUCUUGCCCAUUCCUACUCAUUUAUUUUUUCAUUUUUUUGUUGUUAAACAGCUUCUCUCAAGCCACAUCCAUUCUACGCUGGCUGAAAAUUAAUAGUGAUUUAGAUGUUUAUCCAACAAGCUUUUUCCCAUGUGAUUGGUUUUAGCCAGAGUUUAUCACAGGUACAAAAUUAGGCGCUGUGACUGUGCAUGCUCUCUAGCUGAUGUUGAAACUUACUGUCUUGAUCAUUUAAAACUAUGUUUUUGUAAAUAUCAGGUUUAGUCUGCUUUCGGGAAUAUCUGCAUGCUAUGGAAACAAAGAAAAAGGAUAGAUAAUAAGUAAUCUGGUUUAAAAGUGUGAUAAAAAUCCUUGGCAUUCUUUGUUCUGGUAUUAAUUGUAUUUAAAUAAGUCAACCCAGUGUAACUCAUUCCAAAUCUUAGUCCAGCUGCCCUGUUCAGCCUGAUGCCUUUUAAAGUUUUAAAGGUGUUAACGUUUUCCUUUUCAACAUGGCAAACAUGUUUUAAAACCUUUUUGGCACAAUGGUGCCACUGUCCUCAUAGUGUUACUUGUUUGGUCACGAAUUUUCAGGCCCUUUCAGUAAGAGGAGAAAGGCAUUUACCUGGUUAACGGCCCCAUUAGUGUACAUUGCUCUAAGGAAGAAAAAAAAAAAUCUUUGAAUAUAUCAAGAAUGGGCUGUUCCAGAGGCAUUCCCCUCAUUUUACUCAGGAGAAACUAUGCACUAGGUUCCCACUACAUACAAUGUGACCUUUUUUUCCCCUUUCUCUGUACACACCCCAGAUGUGUGCCAAGCAAAUGAGAAUGAGGGCUGUUGACAAUUAAAACAUAAAGAAGCUAGUCACCAGAUUGAGAUGGACAUGCUGCUAACUGCUGACAGCUUGACCUGAGCAGUCCUAACUUGUAUCUGGUCUGUUAGCAUUGGGUUAGAUUGACUAACACAGUAAAUAAAAUUCAACCGUCAUAAGACACGCUACAUCUGCUAUCAUCAAGAAAUAAAUCAUCCAGAAGAAACUUUCUUUCAUCCUGUGGUCACACCCUUAAGAGCUUCUUUUUUAAAAUUAUGACAGACGAAUUUCAUUCUUUAAAAUCACUUAUCUUCUUCCACACUUGAAAUAUUUAAAUUAGGUGGUUUUGCUUUUCCCUCUCAUUGUUUAUUUUUUUGGGAUGGAUCUAAGAUGGGAAAUAAAAGAUACCAAAAAGACUGGAGGGAUCACGGUGUUUUCAUCACAACUAAGUAGAGGGUCGGUUCCUGCCCUGGUUUGGGAGUAGCUAGAAAAGGAAAUCAGGAAUGCACUGGAAGUGUUGGCUUGAGGGAAGAGACUGGCAUAGCUCUGCCUCGCAGUGGGUGAGAGCAUAUUGAUGCUAGUGACCUGCAGAGUUCCCAUGACCAGGUGAGUCGGCUCUGAGGAAGGGGUUAGGAAAGCAAGAACAGCUGCAUGGAAUAGCUGAAGUUCCUUUGGGGUCAGGAAGAGCCAACAGUUGUGGGGUUUUGGUUGCUUUUGCUUUGUUUUUGAGUGGGAAGUCUUGCUGGAAUCCCCUGAGAACCGAAAGAUGCCAGGGGUCAGCGAGGCUAUAGAAAAGGCCAGUGGUAACACCUCACUUUCAUCCUAAUGGAGGAGUAGGUGCGAAUGGCACCAGCGUGGAUCAUUCCUUUCUUGAUCAUCACUCGUGCUUGCCACUGUAGCAACACAACAAAGCCAUGAUUGUAAUGAAUACUAGGCUAAAGACCUUGGUCAAAAUGGGAGCUCAUUUACUGUUCUAUGAGAUAAACAAGUAACUUCUCUUUUCAUAUUUUCCCUCAGAGAUAAACCACGUGUGGUAGUCUUGCUUGCGCUAGUACUAAGGUCAUGUUUGAUCUGUCCCAGACGGUCGCAUAUUUCCUGUGGCUGGAGUGUUGCUCACCAUAAAUGGUCAUUUUCAAACAGUACUAUGUAAAUGCAGCUGUACAACUGACCAGUGAGUUAUCUCUCAUCACUGUUGCCCACAUACCCGUCCUUCCUUGUGUCAUCAUCCUCAUCCUUCCCACAUCUUGCGCAAAAUGAUUUUCUGUGGUCAUUCGGCAAUAACUGUAUGUCACAUACUGUCUUUUUGGCAUUUGUUGAAAAAUCCAAAUGCUUAAUAACAGAAGGUUUAAAAAAAACUAAGCAUUUUUACAUGUACACUGAAUUGGAUCAGCAUUAUUGUUCAUUAUAAUGCUAUAUAUAUUUUUGGAGCAGCAUACUAUAGUUGUCAUAAAACUAUCUUUAUUCUUCUCCUCUAAAGUGUUGUUGUAAAUUCAUUUGACCUUUACUGCAGGAAAAAAAAUAUCUUUUUUAUAUGGGGUAUGAAGACAAGGCUCAGUUUGUAACAAAUAGUGGACCAUUACAAAAGAGGAAAGAAAAAAGCCAGGGCUGAGUAGCAAGAAGCUUCAGUUCAAUUUCACCUCAUAUCUUUCUAAUAACGUACUUGUCACUUUAUUACCUUCCAGUAAUGUGAACGCUGCUGACAAGACUGUCACACUAACAGCAGACAACACCCUCUCUGCUUCAGCCCAGCUCUCCUGGCUACUUAUUGCCCUGGCCCUGAAGGGACACAAACUAAUAGUGUGCUUUCCAGUUCAGCACUUGGCCAUCAAAUAUAAAAGGAUGCGUAAUUGCCUGUUUAUCCCCUUGUGAAGGAGAAAUUGACUACAAGGGCUAGGCUUUCCCAUCGAGUUCCCUGAUGUACACACACAUCCACAAUCAGUCAGUCUCUCUCUCUCUCUCUCCCUCUCUCCCUCUCUCUCCUCUCUUCUUCCCUGUUGUACUCCCCUCCUAACACACAAGCACAUACACACACCUACUGUGUCUUUGGGAAGCCCAAGGCUGCCUCUCGGUGCCCUCUCCAGCUAUUAAGUGGACAGUAACAAGAUGACUUCUUAAAUAAAGGGUCAGUAGAGAGACGCUGUCUGUGACAGCAUCCUUUGCUUCUUUGAAAACUUAAGUAUUGCAGUUCCAUUUUGAGAGUAAUGGAUGUGGCCCUAUAAUUAGAGCAAAUUUUCCUGCAAGUCAGUGGCAUAAGUAAGAUUAUAUUGCCCCCUAAUUUGUAGGGAAAAGAUUCAAAUAUUUUUCUUCCCCUUCAAAAAGUACAUGUUGUAAACUGGUUAUACACAGUGGUAAUUUUUUUUUCUUGUCCUUGGCAUCAAACCAUGGAUCUAGAUGUACAAAUGUAUCUUUCAGUGACCCCUCCAAAUCCAUAGUGUAACAUGAUAGAUUAACUUUUAUUUUGUCCAACUGGACUGACAAUCUAAAAAAGAUGGCACCAGGCUUUUGACUUUAAUCAUUAAAACAAGGACCACCCUAUGGGUAAAAGGUAAAUUCUCCACUUCGAAGAACUUUGGUAAGUAGAAGUACAGGGAGCUUUAGAAAACCAAGUGAUGGGGACCAAAGGUACAAAGGAAGAAUACAUGAAAAUGUUAUAUUCCAAAAUGCCUUGAGCCCAAACAAUGUGUCAGGAUUGGCUGCUAUUUUUGUAUAUUGAAAUACUCAAAUGAUGGUUGGAAAGUGACUAGAUAGUGACUAAAUGAAGUGCAAGAUCUAUCGAGCGUCUUCUUUCUGGAACUAGGGGAUGCCAUGCUUCCUUCCAACCUUCCCACAGCACGUCUCAGAGAAGAUAGUUGGUCCCAUUACAAACAGUCACAUUUCAAUAAGAUACUAGUCAGCCAGGUAAGACACAUCAGCUAUCGGUAUCAUCUUCCAUGUGAACUUUAGCAAGGAGAGAAAAGCAGCAGAUUUAGAGAUAGACAAUGUAACAGGUCUAUGUUGACAAAUCUGCGCUAAAUAAUUUCAUGAACCAGUCUGAGGACUGGAAAGAAAAGCACUUUGAGCAAGUACUCUUGGGUUAGAGCAAAGGCAGUUAGUUGACAUGAUACUUAAGUUCCUCAGUAUGUAUAUAUUACAAUCGUUUAUCGGACAUCUUAAUAGAAUCUUAAUUGAAAACCCAGUUGCCAAAAUUGCACAAGUUCUGCUCGCCGAUUUUAGCUUUCUCCCCUUAACUCGAAAAUAACAGGGAUGCUUAAGGACAUUUGUAAUAGUUUUUUUAAUGCUUUGUUUCACUUUUUUAAAAAAAGAAUCUUUGAAGGGAAGGAAGAGCAGAAAGAGGUAUUUUAAGAAAAAUGGAGAGAAAUAGAUAGUAUUAAAAGUAUAUUUCUUGAAAAGAGAGUAUCUAAGUGCUAUACCAAGAUUUUAUAAGGCUUCCUGUUGCCAAAUGUGAUGUUGAGAUAAUGCACAGCUAAGAUGGCAAAUCCAUCAAUUAUUAACUGGCUCUGCCCACUUCUGUCAUGGAAUGCAAGGAUUGAGAGGUGACUCUGGGGAGACCCUGGGUGUGUGAGAGAGCUCCAUUCAUCUGGCCCUGGAUAUGGUUCUCAAAAAAAGGGAGAAAGCUCCAGUCCCUGCAAGGUGAACUGACCCGGCACUGUUUCAGUGGGAGCCUCACUGCCUGCCUUUUCCAUGCUAGGAGACAAAGCAUCCCCUACCCCAUCUGUGAAUCAGUGCUGUGGCCACUGUGAUAAGCAUUGAUUCAUGAGGUAUGAUGCUCUUGAACUCCCAGACAAUGUGCUGAGUUAAUAGGUUCGCUUGAGAUGUAUCAACCAAGGCUGACUUUUUAUUUUUUUAAUCUAGUAGCCAUUCUGGAGUGUUUUUGCAUGUUUUUGUACAGAGUAAUCCGUCCCUCUCAUUGUAUAUCUUAAUCUCCUCUGACUUUUCCAUUGUCUUUCUCAAUCCCACCCUUUGCUCUUUGGAUCUCACCAACCCCCUUAAAAUAAAAAAAUCGUGUUUGAACAAGAAGGUAGAACACGCCUUCCUCAUCCUGGUUUUAAUCGCUUUCGCUUUGGAAAUAUGUGUUCUGCCCUGUCCAGGGUUUACAUAACGUGAAUUAAGUGAAUGAGAUGUUCUAGUGUUAUAUCUUAACCUGAUGAGACUAAGAUUUCUAGUAUAUGGUGCUUUCGCUUUCCUGUGCAAACUUUGGUUCAGCUUCUCUGCAGAGAAUCUUACCAUUUUCCUGCCAGUGCCAGUAUAAAGAAUGCAGGAGAGCUAAACAUGGGUACAUGAAGGUCAGAGGGGUGAGGACGGUCGAGAAGUGGGGAGAAGACUUGGGCUUGAGACGACCUGGGCUUUUCGUGUGUAGCCCACUCAGCAGUAUGAGGAUGACUGACACACCAGUGCGUGAUUUCCAAGUGAGGCAAAUGCCCAUUUCCCCACUCCCCUCACACCCUGCCUGGCUUCUUCCAUGAAGUCCUUGCUGCUUUUCUGUCUCCCCAAAGGUAAGGGGAAGGGGCAGGUUGGGGAUCUGGGAAAGCAAGUUCUCUGUUCUCUCCUGCUGGUGAUGGAAUAGGCCUUUUAGAACUAACAAGAUCCCUCACACAGCUGGGAGAACACAUACCUUUCUUACUCGCUCCAGACCCAUUGGUGUGUCUCCAGUAACAAAAGUAUUAGACUCAGCCUGCAUAUUUGACAGCAAAAGUGGCCAAAGGGAAUUGAAAUAUCUUGAAGAAAAGGAAUUUUCACCAAGAUAUGUCCUCUCCCUCUCCCAGAGUUUAGCUGUUUAUUCCUUUUUGUCUGUUUCUAUUGUUCUCAUCUGCAUAAAACCAGUCUCUUCCAAUAAGCCUGCCACAGAAUCAAAGUCUGUACUACAAACGGUAACUGCAUCAAGGGAUGGGACCGUGUGCAUCGCCCUGAUCUAAUCAUUGUGACGUUGGUAGCUUCCUAAAUACUGUAUGUACCUUGAACAAGGGUUUUAUUUUUGUUUGGUUCUGUUUUGCUUUUUGUUUUUAUUGGUAGUCUAAGGUAAUUAAAUUUUUUAAUUUGCUAUUACUUUGGUUGUAUUUUCUGUACUAUAACUGCCUACAGUAUGUCUUUUGCAUAAAAUGCAUAAGGGUUUGGGGAUGUAAAUGGAAUUUUAUUCAUAUUUUGUCCAAAUACCUCUUGUAAUUUGUAUCAAAAUUCUUGUACAAUUUUUAUAUUAAAGAUUUAUCAGUCACUGA